CUCUGUGGUGUUGUUGAUGGGGAACAGAGGUACCUGACGGGACUUCCUCUUUGAGAAUCCUAACAAGAGCUCAACCCACAGAUUAGUAAAAUGUCUGAUGAGACAGAACAGAGAAUGUGUGAUGAGGAUUUUGGAUCAGAUGAAGAAGGCGAGGAAGCAGACGUGGAGUCUUACCUGGAAGAAAACAGCAGUGAGCUCAUGGACAGACUGAGAGAACUGGAGGCAGAGAACUCUGCUCUGAUGCUGGCAAAUGAGAGUCAAAGAGAGGCUUAUGAGAGAUGCUUGGAUGAGGUGGCUAACCAUGUGGUCCAAGCUCUGCUAAAUCAGAAGGAUCUGAGAGAGGAAUGCAUCAAGCUAAAGAUGUUGGUGUUUGACCUGGAGAGACAGAACAGAGCUCUUUGUGAGCUUUUCCAGCAAAAGCUGCCAAACCAUCCCACUACUCAUUACCAGAUCCAGGCCGGACCCCUCCCAGACGACAGUGUACAGUUGAAUAAUGACUCGGCCAAACAAGUGGAGUCUGCACAGACUGAAGCACAAGCCACGGGAAAUGGCUACCGCACGCAACAUGCCUCCCCAGGCCCUCGCAGCCCUGCUGCAUCAAUGGAGGCCCUGUCUCCCUUUUUCAAAAAGAAAGCACACAUCUUGGAGGUCCUGCGAAAAUUGGAAGAGACUGACCCCUUGAAGUUCCAUCCGUCUACUACAAGCUUGUCUUUCUGCGACUACAGCCAGGUCCUAAUGUCAACAGAGGCUGUGUUGGCCACUGCUGACCCAGUCCAACCACAAUGUAAAUCCCACCACACGCACUGUCACUGCUCCUGUUCUAACAAUGACUCACAUCAGCAUGUAAAUGGUGAUGGGGCAGUGAAGUGUGAAGGAGGAAAUACCUGCUGUUUACACUGCAAAAGAAGCCCUGAAAGUCCUCUAAAGCCCUUUAACCACAUCUGUAGUCCUUCAAAAGUCAACUCUGUCACCCAAAGCCAUGUCUCUCCUAGAACUGCCAGCCAAUGCCACAGUAAGACCAAAACAGUAGAGUCUGUAACCCCAUCCAAACAAUGCACCAUGAAUGAAGAGUUCCCGCAACCACUGGGCACCACUGCCCACUUGCCAGUGACAGAUGUGAUUCACCAGAUGCUGGAGUUGGAGGCAUCGGAGCAGGAUAAGUCUGAUGUUUCAGAGGAUGCCAGUAAUGUCUGUGGAACUUCCCACCUGCCCAGUUAUGUGAAGGACAGCACACAUAUCCCCCACUGUAACAUGGACACAAGUGAAGGUGGUCACAAUGGCUUGGUUCUCUCCUCCAAUACCACAUUGAAUGACCCUUCAUCCAUUCCGGAGAAAGACACAGAGAGUGAAGUGCCCUCUGUUAGAGCCGGUGCAUCUGUCAGUCCAAGCCCAUCCUGCCUCAGUGAUGUCAAAUCCACAGCCAUACAGUCCCCGUCCAAAUUGCUUAAGCUCUUGAAGAUUCCGUCAGUAGGGGAGAGGUCUCAGCCCUCUACCUCAGCUGUUCGUCUUAGCCCACAGCUCACCCGCAACUCCAGGAUCCCCUGUCGUACUAAUAACUACGAAGUGUACCACUCUCCUGUUCCUACUCGCAGAGCUACCACCACAGAGAGAUGCAGACAGCCCCCUCCCCCACCAUCAAGGUCGGAGUCCUAUCCUGCCACACACUCAGCGCCAACAUCCCCUCCACAGUCUGAAGACAUUUGUUCCUCACAGUCUAAGGAAAUCAACUACAGUAGCCUCUCUGCAUCUAAAACUACUGCUAUAUCAAAUGUUGGAGCUACUUCUACCGUGUCCUUGUGCACACCUAUAAUUUCUCAAAGGGUUCCCCAUUAUGAAAAUGUAUGUGAUAUAUCUAACUCCAGAGAAGAGCAACCAAGUCAGGGUCUUGACAAAACAACUACACUUGCAUCUCAGGCAAAGGCAAACGGUGAAAGGAAGCUUGUUAAAUCCUUACCAGAAAGUGGGUUUAAUCCUCUUAAUCAGCAAAAGCAGUCUUCCUCAUCAACUUCAGAGUCCACCUCAGAUGAUGAAGAGGAUUCAGACAGUCCGGUGUGGGUUAAUCAACACAGCUUACCCAAUGCAUCUGUCCUCAGCAAAGCUCAGAGCGGAACAUGUACUUCACAAACCACAGAGAAUCCAGAGCCAGACUGUAGGGAAGUCAGAGUGUCGAACUCUGAAGUCACCGUACCUCCACCUCCAGUCCGGAGGAGUGACUCCUCAUCCAUCCCUAAGAGGCCUACAGCUGGGGCAUCAAGAUCUCAAGCUGACUCCAGCCACCAUGCUUUUAAAGACAGGCUUGCUGCACUGGGAAAGCUGCGGAGCUCUGAAGAUUUACAAGUUGGUCUGAGGCCCACUGAGCCAGUGAAUGACAGUGCCCAUGGAGAAGAUUGGAGCAAGACAGCAGAGAGGCCCAUGGACAUCCAUAAAGAGGAGCAGAGGCCUUCAAAAUACACCGACUCUUUGGAUGGUAAACCUAAAGGUAGCAGUGUUGGUAUGAAGUAUCCUGGAUCAUCUCAGCUGUAUGAGCAGGCAGGCAAAUCUCAGUCAUUGGGUCCAACUGUGGUUAAACAAGAAUUAUGUGUAACAAAACCAGAGGGCUCCAAAAGUAAAACGGGCCUACUCUCUCCCAACACAGAUGCUUCCCACGUGCUAAGAAACAACAUUAAGUGCCCAGGCUCUCUGAAUCUGUCUAAUAAUGUUAAAGGUGGCCUUGGACCUUACAGUAGCAGCAGCCCCAACAAAAUCCCCCCAAAGUCGCCAUCUAAACCUUGCCAAGGUCCUUCAAUCCACAGAGGGGCCAAGCCUUCAGAUGCACCACGUUAUUCAUCCAAAUCAGAGGAAAGAACCAAGAUCAGCGGGAAAGGGAAAAAAAAUCCAAUGUAUGGAGACAGCCUGCCACCUCCUCCACCGAGGCCUCCUACAUCUGAGGUGGAAAAGCCAUUACAGCCAGUCCCCAGUCCACAAUCUGCCAUUGAGCAGAAAGUAAUGAAGGGUAUUGAAGAGAACAUGCUAAAGCUUCAGGAGCAAGACAGAGGAGGCCAGGGAACUGAGAUCAAGCAGAAAGCCUCCAAUGGUAUUGCUAGCUGGUUCGGCCUGAAGAAGAGUAAACUGCCUGCACUGAGCCGCAAGACUGAUGCCAUCAAAGCAAAGGACGAGAAGAAGGAAUGGAAGAUAAACAUUCCAUCGGUAGGAAGGGACUCUGUAAAAAUGGCCUCCAGGUGUAAGGAGGGAGUGGAAGGUCUGAAUAUCUCAACGCUGAUGGAGAAGGCCGAGGGGCUGCGGAGAGCCCUGGAGGAGGAGCGGGCCUAUGUGGAGAGGUCAGGAAGGGGGCAUUCUUGUGAGGUGGUGAUGGACCAGACGCAAGGACAGUUGGCUGUUAUGUACAGAGGAGCGCGCUCCGACAGCUUCAUGCAACAGCUGCUAAACAGAGUGGAUGGAAAGGAGAUGAUCAGUUUGCCACAGCGUCGCCUCUCAUUUGACUGUAAGAUCUCCAAGCCAGUGUUCACACAGCAGAACAACAUCAGUCACACCACAAGCCAUGAAAAUAUGGAAAAGGGAUCAGAUAAAAUUGGAAAGAUCACAUCAGAUGAAAACCUUUCAGAUUCAGUUCACUUUGCAGGCUCUGGAGCUUCCACAUAUACUCUGGACAGUGGCAUCGGUACGUUCCCUCUCCCCGACGGCAGCAGCAGUGCAACAGGAAGAGGCCUGUCCAAAACAAGGCCAGGGUCUGAGCAUCACUCUUCUGAAUCCCCAGGAAGAGCCGGACGACGAGCUCGUACCUUGGACAGAGAACUGACGUCACAGGAUGAGUGUUUUGUACAACACAAACAGUUGAUCCCCACUAUACAAUAUGGCUCUAUCCUGGAGGGAAAAAGCUCCACCAGCAUCACCCACAAAGACAAAGAGGUCCAUGGAGCGAACAUGAUUUCUCCUAGAUCUAAGACUUGGACUUUCCCCAACUUGAAGACUCCUGCAGGACAAGCAGAGAUGUACCUAGCAGUGGAAGAGGAAGAGGAGGAGGAAGUAACGUUUGGGUCACCAUUCAGAGGGAACAUGAAGGCUGGUGGACCUUCUUCCAGCCGAGUCAUUGACCCGGGAAGCCUUCCCGUCCCAGCUCAGUCUGGGAUGAGCCGGAGGGGGAAAAUGCGCACUCCCAGCGUUCCUGAGAUGAGCCGGGAUACAGGCGUGGAGCUGCUCAGAGAACGACCAGAGGAAGCUCUCUCCCCGAGCCGCCCUCAGGUCCUCGAGACCCCAGAGUCGCUGAGUGAUUCGUUGUACGACAGUUUGUCAUCUUGCGGCAGCCAAGGAUGACGCCGCCCAGAAAGGGGAAGGACUGAGUGUACUUGAACUGACAACUUCUCCUUUGAAGAAAAGCAACGGCCCCCUGCUGAUGUUGGAAAAGAAUAAUCUGGUUUCAUUAGAUGUUACAACUGGAAUAGUGGAUCUCUUUUCCUCAGGAUUUCCAAUAAACGUGACACCAAAAGCCACCUAAAUAAUAUAGGUCGUUCUCUGUUUCAGUCCGUCUUAGCUGUGGUCACUUCUCUUCAAUUCAAGUAUACAUGACUAAAAAAGUGCAUGACCGAGAUAAUGUCCAGGACAAGAAUUUUCAGUUCCACUAGUUUUCUUUCGUCAUUCAGGUUGAAUUAUCUUUUGUUGUAUGCAUUACAGAAACAGUUAGUGCUUUAUUACAUACACUACUGUAUCAAUAACACCACUGGCAAAAAUGAUGGAAUUGCAUCUCUUGUGGGAUGCUCAGUUAAUUUUUCUUUCUUUCUUUCUUUUUAAAGAAUCAGCUAAUCACACAUAUGAAACUGAACUAUUUCAGAGGUGGACAUUCAAGCUUCACAAAGCAUGUUUAAAGGAAAAAACAGAUUCACCUUUUUCUUUUCAGAACAAAAAAAAACGAAUCACUCAUUCCUGAGGGAGCAACUAUGUAAUCCUAAACGUACACAUUUUUUGCAGUUCCUCUAGCUUCUGUGACAGCUUUAAUUGUUAGAGGCAGAACUUAAUGAAUGGGGAAAAAAAUAUUCAAAAAUUAGACGAUUAGAUCCCCCGCACACACACAUCAUUUUCUGUUUCAAUGUCCACUGAAACUUUUCAAGCAAGUUGCGAUCCAGAAUUUUUGCAGGCCAUUGAGUUGAUAUUUCUUUCCUGUGGAACAGUUUGAAUGCUCUUUACUCUGUGAUAAGAUGUUGAAAGAUCCUGAAAAAUGACUGCAAAACCAAAUAUACUUUUCACUAAAGUAAUGAAAAAAGUCUAAAAAAUGUCUUACUUUAGACUUUACUUUAGAUGUAAGAUCUCCAAUCAAUCCCAAAUGAUCAAUGAGCACAGAUUUUUUAAAUAUUUCUUUCAGGCAGCCGAUAUUAUUUAACUAGACCUGCACCAAACAACAAAAGUUCAAGAGAUUCAUAGCUUGACACAACUAGCUGUUCAUAACUGCUUCACCUAAAGUGGACUAAGAUGUGCGCUUUUUUUAUUUAGUCCAGGUGAAAACUCAAACGCCUUUUAUACUAUACCACUUUCACUCAUAUAUCAUAUUUUAGUCUAUGUAGUACUUUUUUUUCUUCACAGUCAUAAAUGUUUUGGCAUGUAGCCCAGCGAUCUAAUUGGCAGACAACUGCUUCCACCACUGCCCACUGUAGCUGUUUUCUUCUGUUUUGGUGUUAAUGAUGAUUCAUGCUUGGUUCUCCUUUUUAGAUCCACUUAUUAAGGAAGGUCUCUGAUCAGUUAUUUGUUUUUUCUUUUACUGUACAUUUAGCUGUUUUCAGACACAUUGUUUUUCAUUUUCUGUCCUGAAGCUUGAUGUCUUCCUUGGUCUACUUGUCUACAUUCAUUUUACAUCUCACUUAGUCUUUUUCAGACAAAGCAGUUGAAGCAGCCAAUAUCUUUCGCCACUCUUAGCGCUGACUUACCCGUUUCAAGGAAGUUUAUUAUCCUUUUGAUUAGCUCCUUUUGAUCAAAACUCUGUUUUUGGCACAAUGUUUCAUGCCAAGCAGACAAAUCAACCAUUUCAUUUAAUUGCAGCCUAAUUUGCAUUUAAAGAUAUAAAAGGUAUUACUUAAAAAAAAUACAGAGUAAGUCCAUUUUGUUUCUUGAAUUGUCUUUUUUUUCUUCAACUUGAUCUGAAAUUGUAAUUUAAUUAUUUUAUUUUUUUUAAAACCCAGACUGUUCAGCAGUUGAAUGAAAUUGUUUACUUAUAACUGUUUUAUUUAUUUAUUGUUUUUUGUUCUUUAAUUCCUGAAUGUUGGCAGGGGAUGUGCAACCAUUCAGUUAAUCAAAACAUUUCAACAUAUUCUUUCAAGGUAGUGGAAUGGGAGGUGGGUGACAUGAAACACCUACUUGAAAAAAAUAAGUUACAAUGUUAUGUAAAUGUAAAAAUAAUUUUCUUUCCCAUGUUGAUGUUUUUCAGUCAGAAUGUUUGUCUCUAAAUCAUAUUGCAUUUUAAGGUAAUAUAUACCAGCAAUAAUAACUUAGAUAAAAGAAAUCGCUACAUUAUUUCAUGGAUAUUUGUAUUAUUUAUUUAUUUUUCAAAUGUACAUCAUUUGCAUUUUUUUUAAUCUGUGAAAAAUGCAGUCUUCUUGCAUAGUAUUAUGUUCAUAUCUUGGUUCAACAUUUUUGCCACUCGUUAACUAGCGUUUAGAGGUCAUACAUGCCUACUGCUGUUUUUAAACUUUUUGAUUAAAAUGUUUUCAUUUA